AUGGGAAGGGAGUAUGAGGAUCUGGAAGUUGGGGUAGUGGGUAGAGAUGGGAUUUUUGCUGUGUUCAGUGAAAUAUCUGAUGCAUUUUAUGUAAUCUUUUAAGCUCACGACUUCUCUCAUCAAAUUUUUGUUCUUUUUGAAAAUCAUAUCAAAUAUCCUUGUCUUGCUCUCAUAUGAUCUUUCUAACUCCUAUUAUAGUCCAUACCUGCACAAAUAUCCAACUCAGAAGUUCCUCAGCCAGGUGAAGAGAAGGAGGAAAUCCAAAGCCCAGAAGUCUCGAGACAGGAAGAAAGCUUACGUAGAAGAACUUGAGCUCAAGGCCAAGACUCUAGAAGCUGAAAAUUUCAGGCUGCAAGGACUGCUGAUAGCAUAUAGGAGUGACAAGUUUCACACCAUCGGAGAAGGCCCUUCUGCAUAUAUUGACCAUAUUAAUGAAAGGAAGAAACAAUUGCACUCAGAUUAUAUUGCUGAAAACAGCAGUAAGAAAGAGUCUAAGAAAGAUGUAUCUAUCUUUGAAAGUUUUAAUCAAACUUACAGAAGUAAUAUGCAAAAGCAUCAAGAGUUUCGAGAUUCAAUGUUCAAGAUCCUGAUUGACUACCCGUUUCCUGGGUUUCAUGAUGAAUACUGGACUGAUCUUGAGCGUGGAACUUUAAAAGAUUUCAAAACUUUGCAAAAACUAUCAAAAUGUAUAAAAAUGACGCUUUCAGAAUUCAAGGAAGAGAAUGAUAUCAACUUGCUGGACGAACUAGUUGCUUCAUUGAAUCCCAACAAGAAACAAUAUUUGUUCAUGGAGAAGUUCCUUGGGAAAGAGAGAGAUCUCAAGAAGAGGUAUCUUCAAGGAAUUGAUUACCUACUAAAAGCUAAGGAGAUCUUCGAAAUCACAGGAGUUCAGCAUGUUCAUCACACAAAGUUUAUGCUGAUGUCCAAUAUCUUCCAAGACUCCCAGAUCCUUGGGUCAAAACUUAUGGAAGGAGUUAACUCAAAUCUGAAUCAAUUUGAAGACAUUUGGGGAGUGCAGAUAGUCAAGAAAGCAUAUUCUUCCAACCUUGGAGACUGUCCCUUCACAGGCAGCUUCGCAGAGAAGGUGUUGAAGAAGGAACAGAGAGUGAUCGAAUACCAUUACAACCAUUAUUGAUUCAGUUAA